CUCUCGGUCCAAUAACAUUUUAACAUACAAUUACAGCUUUAUGUUCAUACUGUUGUUGCUUUAAAAUGUGUGCAAAUAAAUUUUCUGAAUUGGAAUAUUCAGCAACACUUGUGUUUCAAAUGGCGAGACAUGCCUGGUGUGUGUUGCUUCUUAUUGGUUUUCAACAGGCGUAUGCUCUAGAAUGUUACGAAUGCCGAAAUGUGACGGAUGCAAACACGUGCAACCGCACAAUCACCUGCCCAGCAAAUGAGUCAUGUUUCAUGGGGGCAUCAACGCUGGUUUCUUCUGAAAGGAUGUACACUUUGUCUUGCAAAGACAAUAGCCAAUGCCACGCACACAGUGUAUCCGGUCCUUUGAUUGGUCGAUCAGUUCAUUCGUCUUAUACAAAACGGGAUGCAACUUGCAAUGAAUGUUGCUCUUCGAAGUUGUGCAAUAAAGCUUUAUGCAACCACCCAAGACCAACCGCAUGCGUCGAUGAUCCUUCAGUCGAUUGCGCAAAGAUGGAUUCCAUAUUCAACGUGUGCGCUGAUAUUCACAAGGCAAAACUGGUUUGCCCAAGGUUUUGCAACCUGUGUAACGUAGUCGAUGGAAACUGGAACUGGUGGUCAUCGUGGAGCGGAUGUGACGUCACAUGUGGAAACGGUACACAAACUCGCAAUCGACAUUGCGACGAUCCCGUUCCACAAAAUGGCGGACUGGAGUGUGUCGGGAACGAUACUGAUAGGCACACAUGUAAUCUAGUUCCUUGUCCAAUCCACGGCGGAUGGAAUCAGUGGUCACCAUGGGGAUCGUGCUCACUCACUUGCGAUGUUGGUAUGCAGAGACGUGACAGAUCGUGUGACAACCCAUACCCGUCUCUUGGAGGAGAUCAUUGCUUUGGGUCUUCCAGAGAUGACAAAAUAUGUUAUGGACCUGGAUGUGUAGAUGGAAACUGGUCACUUUGGCAACCCUGGACUCCGUGUACAGCGACCUGUGAUGUGGGGCGUCGCAGUAAACGUCGACUGUGUAACAACCCGUUUCCCUCAUUGAUGGGGCAUUAUUGCGAUGGUCCAAAUGAAGAAACUGACACGUGUUACAACAUUCCAUGCGCAGAUGGUGGUUGGUCUUUGUGGCAAAACUGGAGUACUUGCACAGCCACGUGUGGCGGGGGUCUGAGAACUCGGGAGAGAAUGUGCAACAAUCCGGUUCCGUCUUUGCUGGGUCGUUAUUGCGAUGGUUCAUCACAGAUGAUUGACCUCUGUAAUAAAGCUCCGUGUACAGGCUCUGACAUACAAUUUGUUGUUGGACAACUUGCCAAAGCAAAUUGUUAUGAAAAAAGGGAAGGACUUUGGAUGUGUUGAAUUUCUUUUGGUACUUUCAUUUCGCGUACAAAUCCACAUUUUGAUCUUCAAACGGCAAGAUUUACAGCUACGCAAAUGGGGGCUUACUGGUUCGAAUGGAACAUAAUAUCGGCAGGCUCAUGGGCGACGUGCUUUAUAACUAAAAACCACAGCACAGUCGCAACAAUACAUUUGGACGAUGGACAGGAGACAUCUGCUGGAAUUCGGCUGCAGUUGAUGAUAAACGAUACAGUUCGUUUUGAACAAUGUGCGUUAGCUAACGCGGACCAUUCUACCCCAAAUCUCAAAGACGGUUCAACUUUUACAGGGAUACUAAUAUCCUAAUUUUCAAAAUCGACCAAAUUUGAAAUUCCUGUACUACAGGCGUGUAUGUAAAUGAAUAAAAUACGUAGUCAAAUU